CUUCGGUUCGCCGCGGAGGUUUGGCCCAGGCGGGCCGCCGUCGGGCUCCCUCGGCGCUAGCGCCUGCGCCUGGGCCGCUCCGAGUGCCUGCCGAUGGCCUCCUUCCAGCAGCGGAAGGCGCAGCGGCUGGCGCGGGCGGACGCCAGCAGGAAGGGUGCGGUGGACGAAGGCGCCGCCGCUGUCGUGCAGCUGCUGAACGGGCGGGCCCGGUUCUGCACCACCAGCUCCUGCUCGGGACGCCUCGUCCUGGUGCAAGGCCCCGCCUCGGACACAAACAGCUGCGACAUUCAGAAGAAAGACUGCAGGUGGCUCAUGGUGACACAUGGAACGUGUGCCAGAGACAGUGUGCUGGCAGCUCUAGAGAAAGCCACCGGUGACGUCGUGCUCAAGUUUGAACCAUUUGUUCUUCAUGUGCUGUGUCAAGAGCUGCAGGAUGCCCAGCUCCUGCACUCAGUGGCGAUCAAUUCUGGGUUCAGGAAUUCUGGCAUUACAGUUGGCAGAGGAGGAAAAGUUAUGAUGGCUGUCCGGAGCACUCAUUGCUUAGAAGUUCCACUGACCCAUAAGGGGAAAUUGAUGGUCUCUGAAGAAUACAUUGAUUUUCUGGUGCACAUAGCUAAUGGGAAGAUAGAAGAAAACACAAAGAGGAUUGACAGGUUCUACAAAGGCUUAGUGUUGGCUUUGGAGACUGGCACUAGUGUCAGCAGCUCUGCUGAAGGGAGGGAGAAAAAUCACUCCGUGUACCUUCACAGGAGGAAGAGAAGGACUGGCCAAGAACGAGAUGUCCACGCUCCUCCAGAGCACCACAGCCAGGACUCAGGAGCUGAGGAGGACACAAAAAAUAGUCUUGAUAUUUUUGCUGAAAUCCUGACCCAGGACUCAGGAGCUGAGGAGGACACAAAAAAUAGUCUUGAUAUUUUUGCUGAAAUCCUGACAUAGACUAAGACACCUGAAUGUAACAACUGAUGGUAACUGCAGUGCUCUGUAUAUGAGACACAAAUGCUGCUCUGUUCUAGGGAGCAGCACUCUCAGGGACAUCUACCAGGAAAAGGGGAAUCAAACACAGCUGUGAACAGGUUUAGCAACAGAAGCAUAGAGAACAAAGCCUUAAAAUGUUGUGAGGGGUUUUUAACAGCACUAUGGAAUUAACAAUCUUUUACUCUGCCAGUUACCACAGCAGUACCUGGUUUGGCCUAGCCUUUGGCCACGUUCCUGGUGGAAGUGUCAGUUUCAGCACUGGGUUUAAUCCUUCUGAUUUUUGUCAGAGAGGUUAUUAACUCCUGAGGACUUUUCAUCCCUGCAGAACCUCUUUGAAGCAUUGUGCACCACUCCAGAUGUCCCUCUCAGAACAAUACAAAGCCACACAUUGGUCAGCUGAGAGCAGCACCUGGUUGGAGGUUGGAAUGGAUAAGCUGCAGGUCCUGCUGUUCUCUGCUGCCUUCAGCUGGGGCACACCAGGACCCUUCCAGCCUGUGCCAAGCAGAAGCACUGGUGCUGUUCUCCUGCACCUUACUGCUUCUGGCUCCAGCACCACUCUGCUCAGUGUUCUGCUUCCCCCAGCCAGCAUCCAUUCUGUGUUGCUCAGCCAGCUCUGGUCUGUGUGGCUGACACCCUGCCUUAGUUCCAACAGUGGGGCAGAAAGUGUACCCCAGUGUACAGUAAGGGGGUUUCUCACCUGCCUGUGCAACACUGGCAUGCAAUAAAUCUUAAAACAUAAAGCUGCA